AUCCCGAGCGAGAGAACUAAUUGUUUGUCCGCCCUAUUUUUCUGUGGCUGGCUAUGGCGGCAAUGGCCUCCAUCGCGACAACCUCGAGAAAUCUCGGCGGCGCCUUCGUCAAUCCAUCGUCCACACCUCGGCGGAGGAUCCAUGUCGUGCGGGCGUCCUCGGAGCCUUCCUCCAAGAGCAUCGAGAAUAUGCGCAAAUUCUCGGAGCAGUACGCUAGACGAUCUGGGACUUACUUUUGCGCGGACAAGAGCGUCACUUCUGUGGUGAUCAAGGGUCUAGCGGAGCACAAAGACACCUUGGGAGCUCCGCUGUGUCCUUGCCGGCAUUACGAUGACAAACCCGCGGAAGCGUCACAAGGAUUUUGGAACUGCCCUUGCGUUCCCAUGAGGGAAAGGAAGGAAUGUCACUGCAUGCUCUUCCUCACUCCAGAGAACGAUUUUGCUGGCAAAGACCAAACGAUCUCUGCGGACGAAAUCAAGGACCUCACGGCGAGCCUCGGAUGAUCAUAUCACGCAUGAAUGUAGUGUCAGUCUCAUAAACGAUGCCGUACAUGCGAAUAUUUUAUAAUUAGAUUCCGGUACGGCACUGGACGCCAAAGAUUAUACCGUC